AUGAUGACCCCGUCCCCCCUUACAGCUGACCCCUACCACCAGGGAAACGUCAGGAUGACCCUGGAGAAGUCUGACCUCUGGAAGUCCUUCCACAACGUAGCAACUGAGAUGAUAAUCACCAAACAUGGCCGGAGGAUGUUUCCUCACUGCAACGUCAGUCUGUCUGGACUCCAACCCUAUGCCAACUAUGUCCUCAUGGUGGAUAUGGUUCCUGUGGACAACUUCAGAUACAGGUGGAAUAAGGGCCAGUGGGACAUGGCUGGGAAAGCCGAGCCCCAACUCCCAUGUCGGACGUACGUACAUCCGGACUCCCCCGCCCCGGGCUCCUACUGGAUGAAGCAAUCUGUAUCCUUCCUCAAGCUCAAACUCACCAACAAUACUCUGGACCAGCACGGCCAUAUCAUCCUGCACUCUAUGCAUCACUACAUCCCACGCUUCUCUGUGGUCCAGGCUGACAGUCUGUACAGUGUACGCUGGGGACACUUCCAUUCCUUCUCCUUCCCUGAGACCUCCUUCACUGCAGUCACCGCCUACCAGAACACUAAGAUCGCUAAACUGAAGAUUGACCACAACCCCUUUGCUAAGGGAUUCAAAGGGGAACACACCCGUACUCAUAGCAAGAGGUGUCGAUCCAACAAGAGUCCUGGGAAUGCUACAAAGAAAGCCAAAGAAGACAACGAUCCAGGAAACCAAAGUCCUCCAGACCUCCAGACGCCAAAAUUAAACUGUGAGCUAGAAGAACAGAGGAUGACCCUAGGAGCCACAGAGAAUGUGGUUUCGGGUAAGGAGGAUCUCUUGUCCCCCUGGGCCUUGAAACAGGACCCAUUCCAGAGCCACAGCCUGCACACUGAAAUACUGGAGCUCCACGACCACAGACAGGAAUACAGCACUGAGGAGCAGAUGGUGCCUGGCCCUGCAUCUAUGUCCUACCAACCAUGCAGAUCGGUUGAGAAUGGCAGACUUCUCUCUCCCUCCUCUAUAGCGGAGGAUGGUGAAAGCAGGCGCAGCUAUGAGUCUCACGUCCCAGAUGUAGCCACUGUCCCUGGACAGAAGAUUACCAGACCUGUCCUUGUCAGGGACAUGGGUCACCACCACCACACCUUGGCUCCAGCCAUGCCCCAGGACUACAGAGUGUCCCCGGUCCAUCUGCCCAUGUCCUCCAAAACCUACCCUGGGCAUUUGGGUUACAGUUACCCCCUCUAUGGCCACUACUCCACUGACCAGGGUAUGGGUCAGUGGGCUGAGUGUGGUACUGGACAGUACUCUGGACCAUACUUUCCUCACCACCGGCCCUUCGUCCCCAGUCAAACGCUGACCACAGACCAGGGCACCCUCCCAACUCAGUUUUUAUCAUCAUGGCAACAUAGCGGCAGAGUGGAGCUGGAGCCAGAACUUCAGUUUGGACAAUCAGGCUGA